AUGCCCAACUCCAAAUCCCAGAGAUCUAACUUAUCCAUAGCUAUACAAAAAGCUGAAGAAGAAGAACUUUCCCACAAUAACCAUAACCAUUUGAUUCAUAACUCCCCUUUCGCUUCUGGAUCCAUACGACAAGAGCAAAAUAAUGAUUCGAAACCGCUGAUUCUGAAUUCAGACGAGAAUACCUUACCAAAUCAACCAUUUUUACCGGUUAUUCACCAUAGUAAUCCUACCGUCAGCACAACAUCUUCAGCCAAAGUCAAGUCUUUUAAACCCAAUCUUUCUCCAUUGAAGACCAAAUUUUCUGAUGGAGAUUUCAAAAGGGGAGGAUUCACUCCGGGAACCCGAUUCGAUUUUGGUUCGGAUGGUGAAGAAUAUAAGAGAAAGCCAGAGGAUACGAACGAAAACGAGUCUUAUAAUGAAGACGAUAGCGAUGAAGACGACGAUUCUGAUAUUGACUCAGUACACCCAGAAAAUGAAGAAGAUAUGAAAGACUAUGUACCAGGAGGUUAUCACACAUGUUACAUAGGAGAAAACUACAAAAAUGGGAAGUAUACCUUAGUGAGGAAACUAGGCUGGGGUCAUUUCUCGACCGUCUGGUUGGCAAGAGAUAAUGACAAGCAGUGUCAUGUGGCCAUGAAAAUUGUACGACUGGCCAAGCACUAUACAGAAACUGCUAUUGAUGAAAUAAAGUUGUUAGAUAAAGUUACAACAUCUGAUAUUCAUCACCCAGGACAUGAACACGUCAUUCAACUAUUGGACACAUUUACCCACGGAGGACCAAAUGGAGUUCACGUGGUAAUGGUUUUUGAAGUCUUAGGGGAAAACUUGUUGGGGUUGAUAAGAAGAUAUAAACAUAGAGGUAUUCCAGUUGUAUUUGUUAAACAAAUUGCAAAGCAAUUACUAGCAUCGAUGGAUUUUUUGCAUAGGAAAUGUGGCGUUAUCCAUACUGACUUGAAGCCAGAGAAUGUGUUAAUAGAAAUAGGUGAUGUGGAGCAGAUUGUUAAAAUGGUAGAAGAGGAGGAAAAUCAAGCUAAGAUGCAAAAGCGCCUCCAAAGAACAAAAUCCAAAUCUGGGCACAACAGUUUCUUGGGUGCUCCUUCAAUCUCGAACCCAAAUACUCCCCGGAUAGAUCGAAAAGCUCUGAACCCAAGCUUCAAAACUCCCGAAACUUCAUCUUCUGACAUAAAAUCUAUCAACAAUUCUCCUUCCAUAGGAAGGAAUGGUAGAAGAUCCAGGAGACAAACCUUAAUUACUGGAUCUCAACCGUUACCAUCGCCUUUGAGAACCUUCAAUAAAUCAUUCACCAGCGUUUACGCGCUAUCAAAUUCUACGGCAAAUACACCCGUGAAAUCAUUUACCAAUGAAAGUGAUCAAUCUGGUGUCGCCUUAUCAGAGCUCACAAAUCCCAAUACAGAUUCCUCUUUGAAUAAAGUCACGAGUAACCGGGACAUCAACAAUUCAUUAUCAUCAUUAUCGAUUUCUCAUAAAUUUGAAGACAAUGCUUCAAACUUAGAAGCCAGCUUCAACGAGUCAAUAAACGAAAACUCAUUUAUGAUUAAUGACGACGAGUUAAUUUCUGUCAAAAUAGCUGACUUGGGUAAUGCAUGCUGGGUCAACCAUCAUUUCACGGAUGAGAUUCAAACCAGGCAGUAUAGGGCACCCGAAGUACUCUUAGGAUACCAUUGGGGAUCUUCAGCUGACUUGUGGUCCUUUGCGUGCUUGAUUUUUGAGCUUUUAACGGGUGAUUAUCUAUUCGAUCCAAGAGAAGGAAAAGCAUAUUCUAAAGAUGAUGAUCAUAUUGCACAGGUAAUUGAGUUGUUAGGCCCCUUCCCAAGGCAAAUGUUGAAAGAAAGCUAUUAUGCCCGUGACUUUUUCAAUGCUAGAGGUGAACUUCAUCGCAUUCAAAAAUUAAAGCCUUGGGGAUUGAAAGAUGUCAUGGUAGAGAAGUAUAAGUUCUCUGUAUCUGAUGCCAUUGAGAUUUCCGAUUUCUUGUUACCGAUGUUGACAACCCAGCCUGAGCAAAGAGCCGAUGCAGGUGGUAUGAUCAAUCAUCCUUGGUUAAGUGAUGCAUUGGGUUUAGAAAAUGUCGUUCUUGAAAGGCCGGUAGGAGGAUCUGGUGAGGAUAUUCCUGGUUGGUCUAAAGAAAUACUGUCGCUGAGUUACAACUCCAAUAAGUUUUAUCACCAUUAA